CAGCAGAAAGGAAAGACGAGAAGAAGAGACAGAGAGCGCGAGGCAGCGGAACCAAAAGGAGUCCAGCAAUGAGACCCGUCCGCAGAUAGACCCACAGACGGACCGAGAGCCUGCCUGGAGGUCGGUGUUCGGAUGUCUGCCGUGUGUGAAACGCAACACAGAAGAAGAAGAAGGGAAACAUGAGUCGGCACCAGGCUCAGGGAGUGGUUUUAACGGGUUACCACAGCAACGCCGAACUCCUACCUCAGAGCGGACUGUGUUCGGCCAGCUGUCCGUCCGGACCGGACCGGGACACCGACGUGCUCAGCAGUAAAACAGGCCACUACACUCAUCAGCAGAACCCAAAUACACAAGAAGAAGACAGAUAUGAAGCUUCCUUGACCACAAAUAGUUCAAAGCCCAGCAGCGUGCAUGCAUCAGUGGUCCUCGGUUCAAGUCCUGCUCCCUGCUCUAGGUCCCAGCCUGUCUCCAGUCCCAGGCACAGCCCCAAUACCAGAAUCAGACACCAGCCCGCAUGUCGGCGCAGCUAUUCCCAGGACUCCCUGGACGAGCUGGAGAUGGACGACUACUGGAAGGAGGUCGAGAAUAUCACCAGCUCAGAAGGAGGAGCAGCAGGGAGGGCAGAGGGUGAAGCUCAAGAGGAGGAGCAGCAAAAAACUCCAGAAGAAGGAGAGCAGGAGGAGGCGUGGCUUGCAGAGGCAGGGCUAGCACGACUGUUUGGUGAUUCGCUGGCAGCAGAUGAUCAGGACCAGGAAGAAGACAGCGCCGUGUUCCUGUCCACCCUCACCAGAACGCAGGCUGCAGCUGUAGAGCGCCGGGUGGCGUCGCUGCAUCAGACGUUGCUACGGCGACGCAACCGUCAGCACCUUCCAGAUGUUCGGGAUAUAUUCAGACCUCCUGGAAAGGAUGAAGAGCCUCAUAAUCUCAGAGGGGGAAGUGAGAACAGACAAAACGAUGCCACAACCGCUGAAACUGAGACGGAGCUGAAUGUUGAGGUGGCGUUUUCAGAGCAGGCGCUCUCUUACCGAGACAACCAUCAAAAGUUAAAGGUCACCAACAGCCUUAACUCACCUGAUGACAAACUACCAAAUUUUAAGCUCCUUCGAGAUAAAACGGGGCAAACCAAAAUCGGAGAUCUGUCUUCUUUGGAUAUGAAAAAGGUGCUGAGGCUCGUUCUUGUGGAGGUGACCGCAUUGUUCGACACGGCUGGGAUCGACCUCAAGGCGCAUAAAGCUGUGAAAGUGAAAACUAAAGAAAGUGGUCUAUUUGGGGUUCCACUUACCACUUUACUGGACCAAGACCAGAAGCGAGCGCCUGGAACCAAAGUGCCAUUUAUACUGCAGAAGCUCAUGAAUCAUGUCGAGGCGGAAGGAUUGGACACCGAGGGGCUGCUCCGGAUCCCCGGAGCAGCUACUAGAGUCAAGUCACUGUGCCAGGAGCUCGAGUCGUCUUUCUACGAUGGGACGUUUCCAUGGAAACAUCUGAAACAGCACGAUGCUGCUAGCCUUUUGAAGCUGUUCAUCAGGGAGCUGCCCCAUCCGCUCCUGACUGUGGAGUACCUCAACGCUUUCAUCGCUGUGAACAAGUUCCCCACAAAGAAGCAGCAGCUGCAGGCUCUGAACCUGCUGGUCCUUUUGUUACCCGAGGCUAAUCGGGAUACUUUGAAGGCGUUGGUGGAGUUUUUCCAGCAUGUGAUCGACCAUCAAGCCAAAAACAAGAUGACUUUAAACAAUGUUUCUGUCGUCAUGGCGCCCAACAUCUUCAUGUUCAAAGGCUUUCGGUCAAAGGUGACCGAGCAGCAGGAGUUCUCCAUGGCAACCGGCACCGCCAACAUCGUCCGGCUGCUGAUCAGAUACCGCAAUCUUCUGUGGACUAUCCCGAAGUUUAUUUUGAACCAAGUCAGACAACAAAACAUGGAAAAUCAGCGGAAACAAAAUAAAGAACGAGCCGUACGGAAGCUGCUGAAGAAAAUAACCACGGACAAACCAUCUGAAAAAAACAUCUCUGAGGUCUUUGUUUACAACCAGGAGAACUCUCUGGGAUUCAUUCGAGUUCAAGCCCCCCAGUUCAGCAAAGUUUCCAUGGCAGUUCAGCUGACAGAGGACUUGCAGGCUGCUGAUGUAUUAACUCGCUUCCUCAGCCAAGACAGCUCGGUGGUAAUGAACAAAGAAGAUCUGUGUCUUUAUGAGAUCGGUGGGAACAUCAAGGAGCGAUGCCUCGAUGGGGAAACAUAUAUGAAAGACCUUUUCCAGCUGAACCCGACAGCAGAGUGGGUCAUUAAAACCAUACAGCGAUGAAACGUAUCAACACCGAGUCCUGCCGAGGCCACAUGCCAGCUCUGUCAUCCUUGAAUGCAUUUGGACUUUUUAACG